CAGGGCUCCCUAUGAGCGCGGACCGCAGCCCCCGGCCGCCGUCUGCCGCCGCCGCCCGACCAGCCGGAACCCGAGCCCGAGCCGGAGUGCGAGCCCGAGCCGCCGCCCGUCCCCGGCCCGGGCGUCGAGGAGCCGGCGGCGCUGCCAUGUGGGGCUAGCCCGCGCCGCGCCGGGCCUGCAGCGCGACCGGCAACAUGGAGGCGGCCGUCGGCGCCCCGGACGGCGGCGACCAGGGCGGCGCGGGGCCCCGCGAGGACGCGACGCCCAUGGACGCCUAUCUUCGGAAACUGGGCUUGUAUCGGAAACUGGUCGCCAAGGACGGGUCGUGCCUGUUCCGGGCCGUGGCGGAGCAGGUGCUGCACUCUCAGUCUCGCCAUGUUGAAGUCAGAAUGGCCUGUAUUCAUUAUCUUCGAGAGAACCGAGAGAAAUUUGAAGCGUUUAUAGAAGGGUCAUUUGAAGAAUAUUUAAAACGUUUAGAAAAUCCACAGGAAUGGGUUGGACAAGUGGAAAUAAGUGCCCUUUCUCUUAUGUACAGGAAAGAUUUUAUAAUUUACCGGGAACCAAAUGUUUCUCCAUCACAAGUAACUGAAAAUAAUUUUCCUGAAAAGGUGUUACUGUGUUUUUCCAAUGGAAAUCAUUAUGAUAUUGUCUAUCCCAUAAAGUAUAAAGAGAGCUCUGCUAUGUGUCAAUCUCUCCUUUAUGAAUUACUGUAUGAGAAGGUGUUUAAAACUGAUGUUAGUAAAAUCUUGAUGGGACUAGACACCUCUGAAGUAGCUGACGAAAACAACAGUGAAAUCUCCGAUUCAGAGGAUGAUAGUUGCAAGAGUAAAACCACCGCUGUUAAUGAUGUGUAUGGAUUUAAAGCUUUGUCAAGUGAUCAGCACCCGAAAAGCAAUGGGAACUCUCCCAGCCUUCCUUUGUCUAGAAAGGUUCUUAAGUCACUCAAUCCAGCAGUCUAUAGAAAUGUGGAAUAUGAAAUAUGGCUGAAGUCUAAACAAGCUCAACAAAAACAUGAUUAUUCCAUUGCUGCUGGCUUACAGUAUGAAGUUGGAGAUAAAUGCCAGGUUAGGCUGGAGCACAACGGAAGAUUUUCUAAUGCCGACUUUCAAGGGGUUCACUCUCAGAACGGGCCGGUUUUGGUCGAGGAACUUGGAAAGAAACACUCACCGAAGAACCUCAAACCACCUCCCUCAGAAAGCUGGAACACAGUGUCAGGGAAGAAGAUGAAAAAACCUCCUUCUGGGCAGAAUUUCCAUUCUGACGUGGAUUUCAGAGGGCCAAAGAAUCCAAGCAAGCCAAUAAAAGCCCCGUCAGCACUACCUCCUCGAUUCCAGCACCCUUCGGGAGUGAGACAGCAUGCAUUCUCCAGUCAUUAUGCAGGGUUGCAGUCUCAGAAACCCUCCAGUGAGCACAAAAAUCUUAGCAGGACACCCUCACAGAUGAUAAGAAAACCUGAUCGUGAGAGAGCUGAAGAGUUUGAUCCCACGACUCGAGAAUCUAACUAUUUUGGCCUCUCUCCAGAAGAGCGCCGAGAGAAGCAAGCUAUAGAAGAAUCUCGUUUACUCUAUGAGAUUCAGAACAGAGAUGAACAGGCUUUCCCAGCCCUUUCCAGCUCAUCAGUCAGCCACUCAGCUUCUCAGAGUAGUAACCCAGGCGUCCAGAGAAAAUCAUCCCAUGUAAGCGAUAGAAAAGGAAGUAGGCGGAGAAUGGAUACUGAAGAACGGAAAGAUAAAGACUCUGUCCAUGGACAUAUUCCCUUGGAUAAAAAAUCUGAGCCAGGCACAUUGGAGAAUAUUAACAAUGAGAAAUGUACAAGAAUUUCAUCACCAUCAAAGUCAAAGAAAUUAGAGUGCCCACCUCCUGCAGAACAAAAGCCAGCAGAACAUGUGUCUUUGUCAAAUCCAGCUCCUCUUCUAGUUUCUCCAGAGGUACAUCUAACUCCUGCGGUGCCUUCUCUACCAGCCACUGUGCCAGCCUGGCCAAGUGAACCUACAACUUUUGGACCAACAGGUGUCCCUGCUCAAAUCCCUGUUUUGUCAGUGACACAGACUCUGACCACUGGACCUGAUUCUGCUGUGUCCCAAGCUCAUUUAACACCCUCUCCAGUUCCUGUGUCCAUACAGGCCGUUAACCAGCCCUUGAUGCCUUUGCCUCAGACAUUGAGCCUUUACCAAGACCCACUCUAUCCUGGGUUUCCUUGCAAUGAAAAGGGAGAUCGAGCCAUCGCCCCACCUUACUCACUGUGUCACACUGGGGAGGACCUGCCUAAAGAUAAGAACAUUCUUCGAUUCUUCUUCAAUCUUGGUGUAAAGGCAUACAGCUGUCCUAUGUGGGCCCCCCAUUCUUACCUGUACCCUUUGCAUCAGGCCUACCUGGCAGCCUGCAGGAUGUACCCAAAGGUCCCUGUCCCCAUGUAUCCUCAGAACCCCUGGUUCCCAGAAGCUCCUUCUGCUCAGAGUGAAAGCGAUUGUACCUGUCCGGAUGCACACUUUCCCAUGCAGACUGAGGCCAGUGUUAACGGUCAGAUGCCCCAGGCAGAGAUUGGACCGCCGGCAUUUUCUUCACCUUUGGUCAUCUCUCCAUCUCAGGUGUCUGAAAGUCACGGACAGUUGUCUUAUCAGGCGGCAGACCUAGAAUCUGAGAGCUCUGGGCAGCUUCUUCAUGCAGAAUAUGAAGAGUCCCUGAGUGGCAAGAACAUGUUCCCACAGCCAUCCUUUGGCCCGAACCCAUUCUUAGGCCCGGUUCCCAUUGCACCUCCUUUCUUUCCUCACGUCUGGUAUGGGUACCCUUUCCAGGGGUUCAUAGAGAAUCCAGUCAUGAGGCAGAAUAUUGUUCUGCCUGCUGAUGAGAAAGGAGACUUGGAUCUGCCCCUGGAAAAUCUGAAUCUGUCUAAAGAAUGCGCUCCAGUUUCAGCAGCAGAUGAGUUUCCGGAGGCCAGAGGUGAAGACACACAUUCUCUCCCUGAAGCGAGCGUGAGCGAGCACGAGGGCCGGGCGGAGCGGUCGUCCCAGACACCUACGGCGGAUGUGGCAUUGGCUCCCACCCCUCCCGAGGCAGAGGGAAUGGCUCGUCUUCCCACUCCAGUUCUAAACAGAGAAAGGGAAACCCUGCCUGGUGAACUUGAGCCAAAGAGGACCAUUCUAAGUCUGAAAGAAAAACCAGAAAAAGUGAAAGAUGCUAAGACUGCUGCUGAAGUGGUCAGUGGGGCCAACUCUGUGGACAGCAGAGUGCAGAGACCAAAAGAAGAGAGUUCAGAGGACGAGAACGAAGUGUCUAACAUUCUGAGGAGUGGUAGAUCCAAGCAGUUCUAUAACCAGACGUACGGAGGCAGGAAGUACAAAAGUGAUUGGGGCUAUGCCAGCAGGGGAGGCUAUCAGCACGCCAGAGGGGAGGAGUCCUGGAAAGGGCAGCCCAGCAGGAGCCGAGACGAAGGCUUUCAGUACCACCGCAAUGUCAGAGGCCGGCCCUACAGGGGGGACAGGAGGAGAUCAGGGAUGGGAGACGGCCACCGUGGACAACACACUUGAUGGGAUUUUAGAGCAGAAACACUUUCUGAGGUGGAGUGUUUCUGAAGGCUUUAAAAAAUACAUUACAAAUAAAAACCCAAAUCGGAACGCUCUCCUCUCCUCCCCCUUUACCCUUACUCUCAUUCUGGACAAGAGAUUUUGGAUAUGCGUUCAAGGGGGCAGGUGUUGGCAUUUUUUCUUUGUUCAAAUCUGUCUAUUUAUCGGGUGACUGUCCCCAUAAAAAGUAGAGAAUAAGUUUGUUAAAGUAUUUUUUAUAAACAGCUUAAUAUAAAACAUUAUAGAUUUAGUGUUUGUUUUUUUCCUUAUAUAAGUUUAAUUUCAAAUGUUGGAAAUGUGUGCUUUAUAGUGUUUACUGAAGUGACAGAAUAUACCAUUUGACACACUAUAGAUUCCAAAACAUAACAUUGCACCAAAUAGAAAUGUAUAUUUUAUUAUGCAAUGCCUUAGUCAUAAACUGGGCUCAAACAAUUCUUAGCCUAAAACACUGUUGUCUUUUGAAAUGCUUCCAACCCAAAGGCCUUUCAUCUCAAUAUCUGUCAAACUUGAAUAAUGUCUUCUCUUUAAUAUUACACAUAAGGCAGCCUAUUAACCUGUGUCUUAGAUAUGUUGUAUAUAGUUCUUUUAAUAUUCAUAGGGUAUAUUUUUGAAUUUUGGUGAGUAUUUGUUGGACUUGAGAUUGCAUACAAGAACAGGUGUUUAAGAAAUAAUAGAAAAAUUAAUGAAAUGGCUGUUCCCACCAAGAAUUCUUAGCACUGGUGUAAAUAUCAUGGUGCCUACUCGAAAGAAAUGUAGAUGCUAUGCAUUUUGAAAAUAAUCUGCAUCUGUUAAAACUGCAGAAGUUUUUUAAUGCCACUUUAACACUAAUGCACUGACAGAUUUAAAUAUUUUGUGAGAAGAAAUGUUAAAAAUUUUUAAGCUUGACAGGUUUCUAUGGAGUUACUUUGUUUUGUUUUUGCACCAUUGGUUAUGUGUACCACUUUACAUUUGCAUGUUCAGUUUGUCACAGCUGGAACUAUUGUAUGAAAAAGGAUGAUUGUGACUUGGAGUUCUUUUCUAGAGGAUGCUGCUAGACAAUGGAUUUGCUUUGCAUUUGAUAGCUUGUUAUCCCUUCAGUGACGUCUCUAAUCCUGCUUCCUUCCAGUCUCUGCAGUAUUCACUAGACUCUCCCUUUGCAUGUUGCACUCUGUUCCUAUUUGGAGAUUUUUAUCUCUGAAUUAGCACAGUAUUCAUUCAUCUGUGUUACUAUGUAAAAAUAACUGUAGCUUAUAUUUCUUAUUUGUAAAUACCAGUGUGAAAGUCUACCUUUUUUUUUUUUUAUGUUCUCUUUCAAUCAGGAAGUUUGAGUGCUAUGCAAAUAAUGUAAUUUCUCGUUGCAUGCCAUGUGUAAUAUACUUAGCCAAAAGUAAAUUUUUUUUUAAGCAAAUUACUUUAAAAGCAAAUACAAUUCACUUGAAUUUGACAAACUGAAGCAGAUGAGUUUUCUGGGUUCUCUGAUAACCUGCAGGAAUGUUUGGAUGCCAGCUAGGCUUAGUGAAUCUCCACUGUACUGUAAUAUUGGUUAUUUACCUCUGUGUUGUUUUAAUUACCUAAUGUCUGUGUAACUGCUGAUUUGAGUAGUGAUUAGCAUUUAGAUGUCUUUGUAACAGGAUUUUGGAGAGCACUUUGAAAGAUAGCAUUUUAUUAUGAUGGUGCUAGGUAAAAAUUUGUAAAGACUGGGAUAGUUGCGUGGAAAAGAAAACUCUUGAGAGAGCCUGUUGAAAGGAAUUUCUGUUGUCAUCCUCAAAGCUAGAACAACUGAGGAAGAUGCUGUUUAAGUGAUUUUUUUUUUUUUUUUUUUUUUUGUAGUUAACAGUUGUUACGGAAUGAGAAGAUGAGAGGGUCCUAUACUUUCAGCUCAUGCUUUUUCAUGUAGGAUUAGCUUACUUGAUAAUUUAUGAGAAUUACAGUUAGAUAUAAUGACCAGAUUUGAAAGUUCAGUGUAAGUUUGAUCUCAGGAGUCCAAAAGAAAUUGCUCUUUCUUGUGUCCUUUGUUUUAUUGGCUGGGAUUUGAUCUCCUUAGUUUCUUCUGGAAAUGCUAAAAAUUGGAUAGGAAAGAGUGCUGUUUAUUUCUUCACUGUCACUCUGUCUUACCUCAAUUGAGUAACAGAAUACUCGAGAACUCUAUAGUUCCUGAAGGAAGUGCUGAUUUGCUUCCUGUUUCCCAUACUUGCCUCCCUGACAAGAUGGAAACAGUGCUGAAAGAGAACUUCAGAAAAGUUGGUACUUUACUCAGUGACCUCUGGAAUAAGAAUAAAAGAACUCUGUCCUUGGCAAUUGGUUUUAAAAUUAUCAGUCUUUGCAUGAAGGUCAGUUUGUGUUUGUUGUUGUUGUUUUUUUUUCCCUUUAGAUUUGUUUUGAAUAUAUUAGUCCAGGAGUUUUUGCCUUAUGCAGAAGUCAAACUAGGGCCAAGCAACCUUUUCUCCCCCCCUUUAUUUUUAACUGAGUCAUCCAUCAUAUGUAGUACAUGAGAUAAAAUGUUUUAAGGAAAAGCAGAAACUUAGAAGUGAGAAUCACUUGUAUUUUGAGUUGGAAAUUAUGGAACUCCUAUAUUAUGAUCAUACGCAUUUUGAAGAACAGAUGUUUAGAAUGACCAAAGCUCACCUGUUCUUUUUGUUUCAGUUGCUUUGGCAAAACUUGAUUCCAGCCCCUUUUCUUUCAGUAUUGUGUCUAUUUUUCUUCAUUUCCUCUCACAUAAAUCUUUGAUUCUGCCUCCACUAAAUCUUUGAUUCUUGUUCCACGUACCUGUUGGUAGCAGGAUGCUAGUAGCAUCUGUGUGGUCCUCGUUCUGUUUCCUCAUAACGUCUAUGUUCAUUUUCAUGGCUGACCUAAGCUCAAACCCUGCCUCGGCCUGGCAGGAGUGGGUGUUCCCUACUGAUAACAUCGUCGUAUUUGAUGCGAACUCUAUUCUUGCAGUGUGUUUCCUUUGUGACUCAAGGUUGAAUAAUGCCUGUGAACUGCAAACUUGGCUUAUGAUUAACUUGGUGCAAUAAAGUUCCUUUCUAGCCAUUUCUGGUUUAGAAAACAUUCAGCCAUCCUAGAAACUAGCAAUAUUUAUUUAUGCCUCAUUUAUUUUACCUUUAGUUUUAGAUGAGGUAACCAUAGUCUUUCACUUAUGGGUACUAAGCAAGGUCCAUUGUAGUGUAGCUGAAGAGAAUGCAUAUUUGGCUACACUAUUUCUGUUUACUGUAUUUUGCUUCCUAUUUAAUGUCUAAAUGCUAUUGUGUUUUUGUUUAAAAUCUUAAUAAUGGUUCCGUUCCAUGUCAAUUUCAAAGAACUAAGGUUUUGCUACUAGUGUCAGCCACUUAUUCUCCCACUAAUUGGGAUUUCCCACUAAUUUUGUUUUGUUUUGUUUUUCCCCUGAAAUACAAGUUUUUAGGAAAUCCUAGAAGAGGGGUGGGUGCAUGUCUUAAUGCUGGGAAACAGCAACUCUGGGGUUGAAUUUACUUGAAUGGAUUAAGAAUUGCAUUGUUACAGAGCUAGAAAAAAUUUAUGUAUGAAAAAUGAUAAUAGCCUUACACUGAGUACAAAUAAUACUUAAAAGCAUGUGAAGAUGUGAUCAUUUGUGAUGUUACUUGUAAAAAAAGUAUAUAUACAUCUUUUGAAGUGUUGAAAGGAAAAUAGUACUUUAUAUUCUUUAUCAUAUCACUUUUUGUAAGUGUUGAAUAUAUUCCUGUUUAUUUUUCUAUGUUCUGUUUUGUAGCCUUAAGAAGUGUUUCAAACAUAUCUGAAUGUAUAAAAUAAGAGUAAAUGCCCUACAUGGUGUGAUGCUGCAUUAUAUAUAAAACUGUGUGCAUAUAUUAAAUUUUGUCUCUUGA